AUGUUUUUAAACCUAGGAAAGAAAAAGACGACAGAUCAAUUCAUUUACGGAGAGGGGAUGACACCACGAUGGUUUGAAGCGAACUUUGCAAAAUAUGUUGGGCCUGACGUUGAAUGGAAAUUCUGCGUCCACAUGGAUGAUGGUAAAGAAGGCUUUCUAUGUAGAGUUCAUCAACAGAUUGCCCCAGAAGUUAUCAUGACUAUGAGAAUGGAUUGCUAUGAAUCAAGGCAGAAGUCGAAAGAUAGUGCAAGGCGUGCUUACUUUGAAAGGCUUGAACUUACUUGGAGAGAGGGGAAUCGUGACUCUCCUGAGAUGAGGCGAGAAGAAAGCUGGCGGUAUAACGGAGGAGGUACUGGAUCAGAGAUCCCCACCCUCCAGGUUCCACCACCAUAUACCCUUACUCCGGAUAAUAUAAAUUAUGGAGAUCGACCUCAGUCAAUUUCAGAGACAGUAUGGAACCCUGAGACCGGAUACUGGGAGAGUCGUAACUCCCGGUUCACACGAUCAACGCCAGCAACACCGACUACUCCAUCUGCAGGAUUUUGGAGAAGCAGACCAGACAGUGGAGUAGGAUUGUCUCCAAUAUCGAGCCAUUCAUCUGAUCCCACCUUCCUCGGAAUAGAAUGCUCAAAUCGCUCAUCGGGUGUUGUUUCACUUCACGAUAAAUCUAUGGGCAUCCGAAGGCCGCGUUCUGCUGCAGAUAUGCGGACCUCAUCCACCGGCCAGAUGUUGAUCAAUAUGUCCCGAGGCUCAUACGGCUGGAUAUAA